GCUGAGAUGACUGGAUGAGCGACCUCAAGAUGGGGCUUAAAUCGCAGUAAUUCUGGAAUAGAUCUCCCGAGUCUCUUCUAAUCCAGCAAGGUCCCUAGUAUGUGUUAAAAAUGACAGGUUCUGAUAUUAGGUCUGGUUUAUAACCGUGGCUUCGCCGCUAUUUCUCCCAGUGGAGAAUGACUUCCCCUGUCUUGCUCUUCUGAAACAGGAGAGGCGUGCAAACCACUUCGUACAAUGCUGGCACAUAGUGUUUAAAAAAAAAAAAAAAAAAAAGGCUGUAUUCGCAAUAGUAUAUAGGUUGCUCUCAUUGUGACCGAACAGCACAGAUUUUUGUGCAGAUGCUUGUGUUGUGACAUUGUAGUUGUGCAUUUGUGUACGUCUCAUGACCAGGGUGAGGAUGGAGAGCUGUCUUUAUAUCUUGUAGCGUAUUAACCUGCCUCAUCCCAUUUUUGUCAGCUUUUGUUACAGUGAAUGGGCAAAUGAAUAAAGGUAAAACACCUGAAAUAUGCAUAAAUGAAAGGAGGUAGAGUAUAAUGUCAUGGUCAUUUAGAUGGAAAGAAUUUCCCUGUAUUUGUGUCUGUAUGUGUGUGAGGUGCUGUUCCAAAAUGUGUUCGUGGAAAAUGAGGAUGUAGGGUGUGAGCAGAGUCUCCAGUGAUAAAAUUUGGAAGUAAGACAACAAGAAGUGAAACAGGUUCAGGCAUCCAGUUUGAUGCAGAAGAUGCAGGGAAAGGAAUUGGGUUUGUUUUGUUUUGUUGUUGUUGUUUUUUUAGAUUUGAGAAGAACUAAAGGAUAGAAUUCUCCUGCACAGAUAGAAAAUACUUUUUCUCAUUAGAACACACUGAGUGUAUGCCCAGCCUUCAUGAAAGCGAACAGAGAAGUGAAGCGCCUUUUUGUGGGCGGCCUUGGCCAGAACAUUUCCAAAGCAGACCUACAAAAUCAGUUCAGCAGAUUUGGAGAAGUUUCUGAUGUGGAGAUCAUCACACGAAAAGAUGACAAAGGAAACCCACAGAAAGUCUUUGCGUAUAUCAACAUCAGAGUAGCAGAAGCAGACCUGAAUAAGUGUAUGUCUAUUUUAAAUAAAACAAAAUGGAAAGGUGGAACACUACAAAUUCAACUAGCAAAAGAAAGUUUUUUGCAAAGACUGGCCCAAGAGAGAGAAGAAGCAAAAGCAAAGAAAGAAAAGUCAACGAUAGGCAACACCAACUUCUUGGAGAAGAUGGGUGUGGUGGAUUUCCAUGUGAAAGCUGUGCCAGGGACGGAAGUGCCAGGACACAAAAAUUGGGUUGUGAGUAAAUUUGGAAGAGUCUUACCAGUCCUUCACCUAAAGAGUCAACAUAAACGUAAAAUCAUGAAGUAUGACCCAUCAAAAUACUGUCACAACUUAAAGAAGAUCGGGGACGAUGUCACAGUUGUCACCCCUGUGUCGCAUCUCACUUGGGAACUGGAAGGAGGGGAUGAUCCCGUGAGUAAGAAGCGACGAGGGGAGUUCUAUGCUGCUCACAGCCCACCCAGGAAGAAGAUCAAAGCACAGAAAGACGAGGCGUACGCUGCAUUUCCAGCUGCAAGAGCAAGACCCAGCAGGGUCCCAGGGAGUCCACUGCCCCCACAGCAAGAGGUGGCACAGGAAACACCUUGUGAUCCUCUUACUCCUCCGUUACUGCACGUACCUGCUUCUCAUAGCCAGAAACUUAAAAAUGUAUGUGUUCAGACUUCUGGCGUGGGAACUACCAGGAACAGAAAUCCCAUGUCUGACGAUGAUACGGAUUCUGAAGAAGAAAUAAGACAUCUGAUAGCAAGAGAGGAAAGCCUGGAGAAACCUACGUGGUCCUCAAUAGAUGAAUCUGCAAAUGAGCCCUUUGAAGUCGUAAGGAGUGAUUUCAAACCAGAUGUUCACAAACUGCGUUCCUCACCUGGGAUAGGUGAUGCCUCCUGCCUGGCUAGCGAAGAUGAUGUCAUGGGAACCAAUUGCAACUAUGAUUCAGGAGACACAGAUGAGAUCAUCGCAACAAGGAAAAAGGCCAGUAAGGUCAAAAGCGGUACAGAAUUUUCACAAAUGGAAAUGUCUGUACACAAGAAAGCUUUGAAAAAUAGAAAAAACUGGGAGCUUUCUGAUCAUUGUGUUGAAGCCCAAAAAAGAAAAACCAACAUGGAGCUAGCUGUCGGUCCUGGGGCUGCAUCCCACUCCAGCAGCAGCAGAGAUGUGGGCUCUGCAUCAGAGUCCACUGGGUCUGAGGAAGAUGAGGAGUAUGAUGCUCUGAUGAAAAACUGCCUUCGUGUGAGUCUCACUUUAUCUGAUCUUGAACAGCUGGCGGGCAGUGACCUGCACGUUCCCGGACAUGGCCCUGAGAGUGGUGGCCAGAAAACCCCCGCCAAGCGUGACGGGACUCCGGGUGGCCUCUACGGAGACCGGCAGUGUAUCCAUCCUGAGGAGAUAGUGGCUGCCCUCUUAGAAGGAGAAGAGAACACACAUGGAAAACAGAAACCAAAUAAAAACAGUCUAAAGCUGAAAUUCCAGGCUUUCAAGGGAGUGCGCUGUCUCUAUGAAAAGGAAUCAGUAAAAACCCUGAAAGAGAGACUGGCCUCUGACGAUACAAAUAAAGAUGAGAGUUCCUUGAAACUUGAUCCCAGUAGCCUAUCCGUGGGAAAGGGGUCCCCAUGUGCUAAUGGCUCAUCAAGUGAACUAACUCCUCUCCAACAUGCAAAGAAGGCAAGUGACCCAAACCAAAUGCAGCCUGAAAAGAGACAGUCCACUUUUGAGAGUGAGGAUCACAAGAUGGUGUCCCCGAGCAGUUUGGAAAGGGGAAGUAGAAGUCCUAGUUCUAGUCUGUUGCCAUUAAAAGAGAAGAAAUCUUUAAGUCUUAGUAUAAAGACCCCCAAGAUUGACUUUGAUAAAGACAGUUGCCACGGGACCAGAAAGACCACAGAGGGCUCUGGAAGGAGCAGCCACGUGGCCCCUGGGACAGCACCGGAAGGCUCCUCCAGCAGAGCCGCUCCAGGCAGCAGCACUGACUUCCCACUUGCUGUGAAUGGUCGGUCAGGCUUGCGCUCUAAUGGUAAGCAUGCUGACGAUAACGAGAAGCGCUUGAGAGCCUUGGAGGAAAGGCGAAAAGCAAAAGAAGUGCGGAAGCAGCUGGUUCAUAACGCCUUGGCAGAUUUGGAUGGUCGUCCAGAGAACAAGCCAACACACAUCAUCUUCGAUUCUGACAGUGACACCAAGGAGACACCUGGGGAACAAAGCCACCCAGGAGAGGAGCCAGUGAAAGAGUCCGUGAGUAGAGCAUUUGGGAAGCUCUUUGACAGUGAAGAUGAAGAAUCUGGCUCUGAAGAUGACAGCCACAGGUUCAGAAUUAAACCCCAGUUUGAGGGCAGAGCUGGGCGGAAGCUCAUGGACUUACAGUCUCACUUCGGCACUGAUGACAGAUUCCGCAUGGACUCACGAUUUCUGGAAAGUGACAGUGAGGAGGAACAGGAAGAGGAAAACGACAGCAGAACUGCUGAGGAAGAGGAGCUUGCUGCUGAGAAGCUCAAAGCCCUGAACGUUGUGCAGAGUGUUUUGCACGCCAGCCUCAGCGAUUCCACGCACAAAGGAUCAGUAGCUGCUAAGAAAUUUAAGGAUGUCGUACGUUAUGAUCCAACGAGGCAUGACCAUGCCUCUUACGAAAGGAAGACCAUUGAUAAACCAAAAGAAAGUAAAGCAAAACGGAGGAAGAAAAGGGAGGAGGCCAAGAAGCUGCCUGAGGUGUCUAAAGAGAUGUAUUAUAACAUUGCUGCAGACUUAAAAGAAAUAUUUCAAACUACAAAAGUUACCAGUGAAACAGCAGACGAGACACCUUUUAGUGAGAAUCAUGAUGGCGAGAAGGUCGAAGUCCACAAGCCCACCGCUCUGACAAGUGGGGCUGAGCAGCCUGGCGGGUUCACAUUCUCCUUUUUUGAUUCAGACGCUAAAGAUGUAAAGGAAGACACCUAUAGAGUUGAGACGGUGAGAACUGGGAAGGUCAUCUGGCAGGGAGCUCCUCGUUUCCAAGACAGCAGUUCUGAAGAGGAGGAUGUCACAGAAGAAACAGACGACAGUAAGCCCAGCCCCAGAGAAGUAUCGGUACCUGAGAAAGAGACUACAAGAUUUUUCUUUUUUUCAAAGAAUGAUGAAAGACUUCAUGGUUCUGAUUUAUUCUGGAGCGGAGUGGGAAGCAAUAUUAGCAGGAAUUCUUGGGAGGCCAGAACAAACAACUUGCGAAUGGACUGUCGGAAGAAACACAAAGAUGCCAAAAGGAGAGUGAAACCAAAAUAAUAAAUGUCAGCAUUGGUUUUGAUACCGAAUGUGAACAAGGCUUACCUGUGGAAAUUGGGUGAUGCAGAAAAUAAUUUUACAUGAGGAAGAAGAAUUCAGAGUGAAGGGAUAUUCAAAGUCUGCCUGGUCGAUAUCACUGUGUUUGCUAUCUUUUUCUGUGGAUUUGCUUGUAUCUCUAAGUAAUUCUUGAAAAAAUUAAAUCUGAACCUUUUUUUAACAAAGCAUAAGAUAACCCCUCAAAAUACUUUUUAUAAAUAUUCUCUGUGACAUCUUCAGUAACUAAUGAGUAUCUCCUAAUUCAGGGUUUACAUAAAUUCUUUUUAAAUAUACGGAUAAGAGCACUUGUAUUUUCCACAUUAGGCUUUGUGUGAAUUACAGGCUACAUGAAAUAUUUAUUUCUGAUUAUAUAGAAUAUUCUUUACCUCCAUUUUGUCUUUUUUUUUUUUCUUUUAAAGAAGAUGAAUACUAAUCACUCUGAGUUCUGUACUUGUGUCCUGAUGAACUAGCUAAUAUAGAAGACAUUUUAGAUGAACAUCAUAGGAGAGUUCUCUGAGGACCAGGAAAGGGUGCCAAAUCGAGUCUUGCUGUCCUUGGCCUUGGGAAUUAAUAGAGGCAAGCCCAUCAGUCCCAAAACCCUGGUUUGACCAGAGUCUUAUGAAAAAUCCAAGUUAGCCAUCAGGACUCUUAAGUCCAGAUAGGGAAGCAGAUUUAAUAUUUCAUUAAAUCAACCUGGUUAGGAUUCAAGACAGAUAAGCCUCCUAUCAAACUGGGCUCUGUUCAAAACUGUGUUAUAAAAACCAUCCCCAGGGAUUAUCCUUGAGACACAAUGUGUAUCUGAAAUUAAGUAUUUAUUAAUUUACAUCUUGACCAAAUAUAAACUCUAUAGAGGGCUGGGCUGUCAUCUGGUUUAUUGACCAUUAUAUCCCCCCUGCCGAGAACUGUGACUAGCACACGGUGCUAUAUAUUGGUACUUAUAUUUUUGAAUAAAGAGUCCAAAGCCA